UUUAGUUCUUUUUUGAAAUAUCAUUUCGGUACAUUGUAGAUAAUUAGUUUUGUUCUUUAAGAAUGUGACAUCUUUUAUUGCAUUUAUUUUGCUUUUACAUUUUAGGCUAUUUUGCAACUGUUGGAAAUCAAGGGUGGUGGAAUCUACUGAGACAACAACUGAAGGAUAAUUAUACUAUAUAUUUCUUUUUUUUUUUUUUUUGAGAUGGAGUCUUGCUCUGUCACCAGGCUGGAGUGCAGUGGCACGAUCUCGGCUCACUCGCCUCCCGGGUUCAAACAAUUCUCCUGCCUCAGCCUCCCGAGUAGCUGGGACUACAGGCAUGCACCACCACGCCCAGCUAAUUUUUGUAUUUUUAGUAGAGACGGGGUUUCACCAUGUUGGCCAGGAUGGUCUCGAUCUCUUGACCUUGUGAUCUGCCCACCUCGGCCUCCCAAAGUGCUGAGAUUACAGGCUUGAACCACUGUGCCCGGCCUAUACUGUAUAUUUCUAAAACAUACGUGAAAAAUUGCGGGGGUGGGGUGACAUUCUCCUUAGAUUUGCCCAGUGCACUUAGAAGUUGCAUAUUAUAUAUAUAUAAGCAAAUAUAUAAAAAUAUAUUUUAUUGCUGUUGGUCAUACACACACACACACACACACACACACACACUGCUGCCUUGUAGAAUUGGCAUUUCAUGGUGUAAAUGUAAAAACAAUAAACCGAAGUACUGCAGGGAGAUAUUUGUGAAUCUUUUACUUUACGUUUUGAAGAGAGGCAUUUAGAGUAUCAGUCUCAUAUAACCUUCAAAAGUGUGAGUCAUUAACAGAACUAAGGAUAUAGAAUAGAGGAGGGGUCCCCAACCCCCUGGCCACUUACUGGUACGGUCUGUGGCCUGUUAGGAGCCAGGCUGCACAGCAGGAGGUGAGUGGCAGGCAGGGAAGCGAGUGUAACCUCCUACGAUCCACCUCCUGUCAGAUCAGUGGUGGCAUUAGAGUCUCAUAGGAGUGCAAACCCUAUUGUGAACUGUACAUGCAAGGGAUCUCAGCUGUAUGCUCCUUAUGAGACUCUAAUGGCUGAUCUGAGGUGGAAGUUUCAUCCUGAAACCAUCCUUCACUCCCCAAUUCUUGGAAAAAUUGUCUUCUACAAAACUGGUUUCUAGUGCCAAAAAGGUUGGGGGCCACUGGAACAGAGAACUAAGAAAUACAGCAUCUGUGCCAAGGGCAGUGCCUCACACCUGUGAUCCCAGCACUUUGGGAGGCUGAAGUAGGCAGAUUGCUUGAGCCAGGAGUUUGAAACCAGUGUAGGCAACAUGGUGAAAUCCCAUCUCUACAAAAAAAUACACAAAUUAGCUGAAUGUGGUGGCACACUCCUGUAGUUCCAGCUACUUGAGAGGCUGAGGUGGAAGGAUCACUUGAAACUGGGAGGUUGAGGCUGCAGUGAGCUGUGAGGGUGCCACUGCAACCCAGACUGGGCGACAGAGUGAGACCCCAUGUCAAAAAACACUGAAAUACAGCAUCUGUUUUCUGUGUGCCAUAGCUUUCCCUGAACACAUUCAAGGACCUAGUAGUAUUAGUAGUACCUUUGGUUUUUUAAGUAGCAUCCUGGGUGAAUUUCAGGAAGUACUUAAAUAGAAGCUGCUUAAGAACAAGGCAUUCUGAGGCAGAGCAGGUGCCUAAAUUACUAAUUUUCCAGAGUAGAGAUGAUAUAUUAUACUUCUUACAUGUUAUUCCUUAUGCCUGCUGUACCUCUUCAUUUUCUAGCUUUGUGCAUAAGUGGUUUAGAUUUUUCUAGGAUCUUAGCAUUUCCUCAGUAGACAUGAGUAGAGAUUUUAUUUCAAAUGAAUUCUUAACCUUAAUGCCUAGUUCUUUAUUAGUUUUACAUCAUCUUGUAACUAAUGCUGUUUUUCUUUCGCCAGUGUUCUCUGGUACAUAAUUUUGGUGUACUUUUUGUGAGCUCUAGCUGUUAUGAUGAUCUCCCACACUAUGUACACGUAGCUACCUGGAAAGUGAUCUUUGUGAAAGGACUUAGUUAUUCGUCUGACUGAUGACACGGAUCCAUUUUUUUUAUAUAACCUUGUUAUAUCUGAGGAAGAUUUUCAAAGUUUAAAAUUCCAGCAAGGUCUUCUGGUAGACUUCUUAGCUUUCCCACAAAAAUUUAUAGAUCUCCUUCAGCAAUGUACUCAAGAACAUGCCAAAGAAAUUCCAAGGUUUUUGCUACAGUUAGUUUCUCCAGCAGCUAUUUUGGAUAACUCACCUGCAUUUUUAAAUGUGGUAGAGACAAAUCCUUUUAAGCAUCUUACACACCUCUCACUAAAACUUUUACCUGGAAAUGAUGUGGAGAUAAAGAAAUUUCUUGCAGGCUGUUUGAAAUGUAGCAAGGAAGAAAAAUUAUCAUUGAUGCAAUCACUAGAUGAUGCUACUAAGCAACUGGACUUUACACGAAAGACAUUAGCAGAAAAAAAACAAGAAUUAGAUAAGUUACGGAAUGAAUGGGCGUCACAUACAGCAGCCUUGACAAACAAGCAUUCUCAGGAACUGACAAAUGAAAAGGAAAAAGCCUUGCAGGCACAGGUUCAAUAUCAACAGCAGCAUGAACAACAGAAAAAAGAUUUAGAAAUCCUCCAUCAGCAAAACAUCCACCAGCUACAAAACAGACUGUCUGAGUUAGAAGCGGCUAAUAAAGACUUAACCGAAAGAAAAUAUAAAGGAGACUCCACUAUUAGAGAACUUAAAGCAAAACUUUCUGGUGUUGAAGAGGAGCUACAGCGGACUAAGCAAGAAGUCCUCUCUUUGCGAAGAGAGAAUUCUACACUAGAUGUUGAAUGCCACGAGAAAGAAAAGCACGUUAAUCAGCUACAAACAAAAGUGGCAGUUUUAGAACAGGAAAUCAAGGAUAAGGACCAGCUUGUUUUAAGAACAAAAGAGGCAUUUGAUACAAUCCAGGAACAAAAGGUGGUUUUAGAAGAAAAUGGUGAGAAAAAUCAAGUACAACUAGGAAAGCUUGAAGCUACAAUAAAAUCAUUAUCUGCAGAACUUCUGAAGGCAAAUGAAAUUAUCAAGAAGUUACAAGGGGAUCUGAAAACUUUAAUGGGUAAGUUGAAAUUGAAGAAUACAGUUACUAUUCAGCAAGAAAAACUCUUGGCUGAGAAGGAGGAAAAAUUGCAAAAGGAACAAAAGGAAUUACAAGAUGUUGGACAGUCUCUUCGAAUUAAAGAGCAAGAGGUAUGCAAAUUACAAGAACAAUUAGAAGCUACAGUUAAAAAACUUGAAGAAAGCAAACAACUUCUAAAAAAUAAUGAAAAGUUAAUCACGUGGUUAAAUAAAGAACUAAAUGAAAAUCAGCUAGUGAGAAAGCAAGAUGUAUUGGGACCUUCUACUACUACGCCUGCACAUUCCAGCAGCAACACAAUCAGAAGUGGAAUUUCUCCUAACCUGAAUGUGGUUGAUGGUAGACUGACUUACCCAACCUGUGGGAUUGGUUAUCCUGUCUCCUCUGCAUUUGCAUUCCAGAAUACCUUCCCUCAUUCGAUAUCUGCCAAAAAUACCAGCCACCCUGGUUCAGGAACAAAGGUUCAGUUUAAUUUGCAGUUUACAAAACCAAAUGCAUCACUAGGAGAUGUUCAGUCAGGAGCAACUAUUAGUAUGCCUUGCUCAACUGAUAAGGAAAAUGGUGAAAAUUUAGGGUUGGAAUCCAAAUACCUGAAGAAAAGGGAAGAUAGCAUUCCUUUACGCGGACUCAGCCAGAACCUAUUUAGUAAUUCAGACCAUCAGAGAGAUGGCACUUUAGGAGCAUUACAUACAUCUUCCAAACCCACAGCGCUCCCCUCUGCGUCUUCAGCCUAUUUCCCUGGGCAGUUACCAAACAGUUAAUUCUAGUGUCAUGUUUUACUUUUUAUUGGUAUUUUAGAAACUCAGGUGCUUAAAAAACAUGUCAACACAAACCAGAUCCUCAAAUAGCAAGUUUCAAAUUUUACUUGAGCUGUUAAAGACUGGAUACUUUAAGUACUGCUAUCUUUUAUGGCAGUUUAUAAUAUAGGAACAAAUUUGUACUUGGGGAUUGGUAAAGAUUGCGAGUAAAUGACAUUUUUUGGUUUGUGAACAUGGCAUUUUAUAGAAUAAUAUGAAUUUUAUUAAGCUAUUCUUUAGAAAUUCAGUUCUAAGGAAAGAGUUGAUCCUUAUGAGGGAGAUUCUGAUCAUAUUAAAAAUCUGGGUAAACUAAAACCUGCUCAUAACCUCAUAGUAUGCAACCAAAGAAUACUAAUUCAUUUUAUCACUUUCAUUGGUAAAACUUUUAAAUUCAACACCUGAAAAUUAUGAGGGAAAAUGAUUACCUCUUGAGAUAUAUUAUUGAUGACAUUUAAAGGGAAAAGUCCUAAAUUUACCUUAAAUAACUGAAAUGAAUUAAGCCUUCAUAGCGUAUUUUCCUUGAAGCAUUUAAAUUUGCUAGUGAUGAAUCAAAUAAAUUUGAUAUACUUAAAAUAAUUUGGACAGUGUAUUUAUGUGACCAGAUUAAGUGCUUUAGUCAUUUGAGCUGACAAGUUUUUAAAACUUCAGUGCUUCCUAAAUGUUUAUACUCAUCUGGUUUUUCUCAAUUUGUAGUUUUAUUAUGCAGUUAAAUCUGUAUCAGUGGACUUUUAAAACUUGGUACUACUACUAAAUCUACUAUAUCAUGAAUAUUCAUUUAUUUUUAUAGUAUCAGAACUUGGGUUGAUUUCAAUGUUAAUAAACUAGGCAAAACAAAUAACUGUUAGAAGGUACAAUCUUCUUCUCUUCCCUGUAACUGAAAGUUUUAAGAAUUGUUCCUUGGGGAAAAAUUUUUUAAAAAUUCACCUAGAAUCAUAGGGCCUCAUUUUGUUUUCUUAUUGACAAACAAUACCUGGUAGCAUUCUCUAAAGAGUCUUCUAGAUCAAUUUUUAUAAAGUACUAAUGCUCAUGUGAUAAUUUAAAAUUAUUUUCAACUACUUUAUUACACAGAUGAAGAAACAUUUCAAGAUAUUAAUGAUGUAAUAACAUUACUGAGUCCCAUGGUAAGAAAGAAUCUUUGCUAUUUUUUUUUUUUUUUUUUUUACAAAGAAGCCAGUAUCUUGAAACUAUUGGCAAUUGCAAGUGUCUUUAAACUAGGGAUCUAAUCUGAAAAUUCAGUAACUAAUAUUAGGCAGUUGAUACUCCCCCACCUCCCCCAUUUAGAUACACUACUGUAUUAGUGAGAAUACUUGGUACAGUAACUUGAAAGCACUUGCUAUUCUGGAAAGAAGCCUCUUGGUGAUUUUGGAAGGAGCUUUGUUGUAAAUACUAUGUAAUAUAUAUAAAAUAUUGUGACAGGUUUUGGAUGGGAUGCAUGACAUACAGGUAGCUGUCUUUUUUAAAAUAUAGGUAUCUCUUUGCAUAUAUAUACACAAGGAAAGUUGAAUUUUCAGGAGAGAUCAUUCUGAUAUCUUGCAAAUUUGUUUGUAUUAAAUGUAUACAGACUUCCAAGUGUGCUAAUUCUUUACGUCCUAAACAACUUUUAGUUGCAAUUGUUUUGCAGUGUAAAAUUGUACAUGUGUUAAUAAUCAAAGUGUUGCAUUUAAUGUUAUUUCUGUAAACUUUGAGCUUUGUUAAUAAACUAUUAUGCAGCA